UUUCUCUAUGGUCAUUGGCAUACAACCUCAAAAAUAUAGAAUUUAUUUUUCCUAAACAGUGCUAAAUAACAUAAAAAUAUUCUUUUAGGCAAGUGAUUUUAUAAUAACUAUUAAUCAUCAUAUUAUGGAGAAUAAUACAGAUCAUACUGAACAGAAUAAUUGCGCUCCAUUGUCCGUUCAAGAUGUAGACGUAGAUUUUUUGCCCAUUGUUUACGAAAUCAUCCGAAGUGUGGAGAGGGAUUUGCAUGACAACUCUGCUAAAGUGAGAGAGUCCCAGGAUUGCAGCCAAAAAGUGCUCGAACUGCAGAAGAAAUUCGACGCAGCCCGCGCUCAGAUUCUAAGGCUCCCAGGCAUUGAUUACAACAAGCAAGACCAACUGAAGCAAUUCGAAAUCCUCCGUACCCAGCUCAAGUUGAAGAGGGAGUUACUGCAGAAGUAUCGCAAUAAUAUGUGUCCAUUCUGAAACAGCCCCAA